CCGCCGCCGCCGACGUUAGGAUGGCAGCGCCUCACGGUGGCCCGCUCUAAAAAGCAACCCGGGAUCUGAGCACUUUUUCCGGUGGGGCUCCAAAACAAAACAAAAAAAGCUAGUGGAGACGGCGUCUCCGAGACGCUCUCUAACCGGGACUGGGAUUUAUAAAGACUUGUUUUUUGGGGGUUGGUUUUCGGGGAACGACCGAUGAACUCUAUGAGGGAUCCUUUAAAUCUCGACCACCACCCGCACCACUCGUUCACCGGGACUAAAUUGGCCUCCGCCAUGGCGUCCGGUUUGCAGCCGCUGGUGCGAGCCGUGGAAUCCGGCAAGCACCGCGUGGACGCGCACGCGGUGUCCGACACGUCAAGCCCGGAAACUGUGGAGAAAGAGAAAAAUCAGAAUAAAAACGACGACUCGUCGGACGACCCGUCCAAAAAGAAGAGACAGCGGCGUCAGAGGACUCACUUCACCAGCCAGCAGCUGCAGGAGUUAGAGGCCACCUUCCAGCGCAACCGAUACCCGGACAUGAGCACCCGCGAGGAAAUAGCCGUGUGGACCAACCUCACCGAGGCCAGGGUUCGGGUGUGGUUCAAGAACCGGCGCGCCAAGUGGAGGAAGCGGGAACGCAACCAGCAGGCAGAGUUGUGCAAGAACGGCUUCGGGCCCCAGUUCAACGGACUCAUGCAGCCCUACGACGACAUGUACCCGGGCUACACGUACAACAACUGGGCUGCCAAGGGCCUGACGUCCGCCUCGCUGUCCACCAAGAGUUUUCCCUUCUUCAACUCCAUGAACGUCAACCCGCUGUCGUCGCAGGCCAUGUUCUCGCCGCCCAACUCCAUCUCGUCCAUGACGUCGGGCAUGGUGCCGUCGGCGGUGGCGGGUUCCAGCCUUAACGGCCUCAACAACCUGAACAACCUCAGCGGGCCGUCGCUCAACUCGGCUGUGGCGGCGCCGGCCUGCCCCUACGCGCCGCCCACGCCACCCUACGUGUACCGGGACACUUGCAACUCGAGCCUGGCCAGCCUGAGACUCAAAGCCAAACAGCACUCGAGCUUCGGCUACGCUGGCGUGCAGAGCCCCGCCACGAACCUCAGCGCUUGCCAGUAUGCCGUGGACAGGCCGGUGUGAGACGCGCGCGCCCCAAUCUAAACACCCCAACCCCCACCCCGAGACGCACGCCCGCCCACGAAAGAGAGAAGGGGGGCACCACUUUGAAGCAUCGAUUUCCCCAAAUGGGAUGUACAGUAAUGCAAAAAUUGCAUUCGUGGUGGCCAUUUUUUUCAUCCACAGGAAAGAGACUACUAUUGUUAUUAUUGUAUUUUUUUUCCAAAAGGGCACUAAAAACUGAACCACUGAAAUAGUUUUUUUCUUUUGUUUUAUACCCCGAUUUGUUGUCUGAAAAGGUUGUAUAUAUAUCCAAACAUCUCUAAAGCUGGGGUUCAAUUUAUUAACGCAUGCGUGGUAGGGAAUAAACAAUAAGAAAAUCAGUUUUGCUUGCAAACAAAAGUUAAAAAGGGAAUGUAAAUACUAAAACGCACCGCAGUGGUGUGUUUCUAACAUAAUAUAAAAUUAUUAUUAAUGUCUGUGUGAAUAUCGAUUUUAGACUAGCAAUCCUCGAGGGAGAAGAAGAAAAAAAACGCAUUAAAAUGUUCCUGUAAACUAUUUGGUACGGAUCCCUCCUCCCAACGACAUCCCUCAGAAAUGUGUUUUAUUUAAUGGAAGUAAAUAUAUUGUUCAAAGCCACACUUGCUUGUUAUUGAAUCAUCUUUUGCUCUGUUUGCUGUGUAGUGCGACGCACUGUCCAUUCCACUUUGGAGCUUAUCUAUUAGAGAGUGCGUGGACAACAAUUGGGCUGCGCCAAUACACAUCGUGCAAGCGACAGAUUAAGAUGUUGAAUACAAGUCUGUCUGCCCCUGGAAUCAACAAAACAGGAGGUCGGGGGCACACAGCAGUGAUAAUCAGGUUUAGGGAGGCUGAAGUCUGCAAAAGAAGAAAAAUGCACACCUGUAUGCAAGUAUUGUCGACUAUAAAUUUAACUCACAAGUAUCCGAACAGGGAGGUUUCGGCGGGGAAUUUCUAGAUGAGUAGGCCGGGAGAGUGACUCUUUCAAUCGGGGACAAGCAGCUGCACGCCCCGAUCAAGAAAACUGCGUGGAAGAUGAGCUGCUGACUUUUUUUUUUUUUUUUUUUUUAGUAAUUGCAUUGGUUCAAUAAUACUUUCUAAAUAAAAUAAGCACACAUAAUCGACACGAA